GCGUCAGUCGGUUGGUCGGUCAGUCGGUGCGCGCGGGGCGGAGGCGCAGCCCGAGGGCGCCAUGGAGCAGCCCCGGAAGGCUGUGGUGGUGACCGGGUUCGGGCCUUUUGGGGAGCACACGGUGAAUGCCAGCUGGAUUGCGGUGCAGGAGCUGGAGAAGCUGGGCCUCGGGGACAGCGUGGACCUGCAUGUGUAUGAGAUCCCCGUGGAGUACCAGACGGUGCAGAAGCUCAUCCCGGCCUUGUGGGAGAAGCACAGCCCGCAGGUACCUGUGCGACUUCACGUACUACACGUCGCUGUACCAGGGCCGCGGCCGCUCGGCCUUCGUGCACGUGCCCCCGCUGGGCAAGCCGUACAACGCCGACCAGCUGGGCCGCGCGCUGCGCGUCAUCAUCGAGGAGAUGCUGGGGGUCCUGGAGCAGUCGGACCACAGAGCGGAUUGCUAUCACUGACGGCCGCCGGCUGCCGGGGCCCGCGCCUCCUCCCGCGCCUCCCCGACCUCGGGAACACCAGCUCCCCCCAGCCCGGGGCGGGCGCGGGCACCCCGUGCCCCGAGACGGGGAGCCUCCUGCGAAGACACCUUGAGGCUCGUCCGUCCGUGUGCGGGGGAACGCAGCCCCGGCUCGUCGUCUCCACCGCUGUCAGCACGUUCACCUUUUCUUCUCUCUUGGAGAGCAAGCCUGCCCGCCGGACCCUCUCCCGCGAAUCCGCGGACGGGCAUCCUCCAGGGGCGUGUGAGCUUGGCUGUGGCAUCCCCUCUCCUUUCCUCAGGGAGGGUGGGGACGCCGUCAAGGCCCCUUGGUGCCCACGCGGGGGGCCGGUCCCUCGAGCCCAGGGUCUCUACCUGGAUCAGGGUGUGUGUGUGUGUGUGUGUGUGUGUGUGUGUGUUCCUGUCUUGGCGUGUGACAGACUCUCGCUUGGCCCGGGUCAAGUCCCGGCAUGUUUCAGCAGAAGGCGCGGCCGGCGACAGCCAACGGCACGUGUUCACGUCUGCUGGCCUUGGGAGAGCAGCCCACGCGAGGCCAAGUGUUGUUCCAUCUUUCCCGGGGACUUUGACCUGGAUCACGCCGUGGGAAGAACAGUAUUGCACGUUUUGGGGGGAAACCGUUCGCCGCCCUUCUGCCCCGCCCAGCCCCCUUCCACGUGCUGGGCACUGGACCCCAGGGGCGUGCGUGCGUGCGUGCGUGCCCGAGUCCGGAGCUCUCCGUCGUGUUUUCUUUCCAGCAUCAUCAUCGUCAUCAUUGUAGCCAUUACGUCACCAGGGCUGCACGCGUGCCAGUGGGGUGGUGAGCACUGAGCGUGGACGGGGCAGUGGGGGGGCCUGCAGGAAGUGAAGUGAACAGGAGCGUGUCUGCCGUGCCCUCCACGCCAGCCCCCUCCCCCUGGACCCCGCUGUGCAUGCCCGUUCAGCCGGGCCCCGUGCGGGGACCCCAACUCCUGGCCCACUUGCUUGCCCCGUGGACGCCUGUCCUGGUGGGUGCAGCUGGAGGCUCUGCAUGGCUCUGUCCCCAUGAGCUCUGAAAGCAGUCCAGGCCAGUUGGGAAGGGAGAGGAAGUAGGGGCGGUUAGGGGAGGCCGGGGGCGGCCAGACCAGGCUCCCCCAAGCCCCCUCCACGGGAACUGCGCCCUUUCUCUUCUUUGCGGGGUCCCCCACUCUGCUGUUAGUGUCCGGUCAUUGUCGAGUGUGUGUCAUUGGCGCGUGCCUGCCUGCCCCAGCCGGGAGCCCGCAGCUCCUGCUCGUGGAUCCCGUCAGGCACCUGCUCUUUAUGCGUGUCAUUCACUCCCUACUAACCUGUUUACACCUUUCGCCUUUAAUUUUCAUAUCAUUGUUUUCAAGCGCCGUGGUGGACCCCAUCCGUCCCCGCUGGUCCCGCGCGGUGGUGUGUCUGUCUGCGUCUGGGUUCUUGGCUUUCUAAGGUGACUCAUGCGGAGGAACGAGGAGCCAGGCUCAUCUGCCCGGCUCAGAGCACGCGGGGACGGGCACAGCAGAGUGCAGUGGGGGAAGGACGCAGCAGGUGCAGAGGGGAGGGGUGUGUGUGGCGAGCGCAUUCAUGGUGGGAU